AUGCAGCAAAAAAGGAAUCGCUUUCUUUUGGCCUUUUGUUUGGUUGUCAUGAUGAGCCUUUUUAUUGAAACGGUUCGAUCAUCAUCGUCGGGAGUUGUAUUAGAAUUAACUUCUCAAAAUUUUGCAAGUACAGUGGAAGCACCUUCAAAUCAUCAUCGAGUGUAUUUUGUAAAAUUCUUUGCUCCGUGGUGUGGGCAUUGCAAAAGAUUGGCACCAGUAUGGUCCGAAUUGGCCAAGGAGCUUGAAGACUCAUCAAUUCCUCAUUACAACAAUGUUCAAUUAGCAAAAAUUAAUUGUGAUGAACAUUCGGAUGUUUGUAGAAAAUUCUCCAUUAGAGGAUAUCCAACUCUCAAAUUAUUCGCCAACGGAAAGCCAGUUACUGAAUACUAUGGACAAAGAUCCAUUCCCAAAAUCAAAGGAUUUUUGGAUGAUGUAUUCUCAAAAUCUAAAAGCACUGGAAAGGUCGAAGACAUUAUUGAAGUCGACCUUGAAGCAAAAAUUAAGAACGAUCAUAGAAAUUGGGUAGUCAUGUUUUAUAAUCCUGAUAGCUCAUCCUUUAAUUCAUACAAUGAAAAAUUCACAGAGCUUGCAACACAAAACAAGGAUACAUUUAACUUCUUUGCUCGAGUGAAUUGCAACCAAGAGAUUGAAUUAUGUACAAAAAGAUUUGGUCUUGACACAAAAACUAAGCCAGUGGUGUUGUAUUUCACUGGCAAAGAUCGUAGCAUGUCUGUUUUCACCCAAGAUAUUUCCAAUCUUCAACAAUUUAUUGAAUCAGACCACACCAAACAAAAAGUUCCAGUGCCAGGCCCAGUUGACAACACUCCUACCAUUAUUCAUUUCUUAACUGAUCACCCUUACAUCAGUAUUGGUAUUGUCACCUUGUUCUGUGUUGCAAUUUUAGGAAUUUUCUUGGCUGUUGUUUGCAUGUCUGAUGACACUCCCGAGAGAAGAAGAUCAACAUCGGAUGCCACUUCCACAACAACACCUUCCGAAAGAACCACUAGUGAAGAAAGCAACAAGGAUGAACCCGAAUCACCACCAAGCACCACCAAUGAAACCACCAGUAACACAGGAAGUUUGAAAGAGAGAAAACCUCGUUCUUCCGAUCACUAUUAA